AUGCGGACACGGAUGGAGCACUGUGAGAUGCAGCCGCACGGGGCCCCGGAGCCGGGGGCCUCCUUCUCCCACAGCCACCUGCCGGGGCCCCCUGCCCGCCCCUCGACGUCCCCCCUCGUUCCUGUGCUCAGGAAGACCAUCCAUCUGGAAGCGUUCUCCCCGAAUCACAUCCCACCGGCUCCCAGCCGGCCGGGCCUGGGGGCCCGCAGUGAGAGGGGCGGCAGCCUGGGGGCCCGGAAGUUCAGCUCUGUCUCCCUGACCCUCCACCCCAGCCGGCCCUGGGCCCUGAGCCCCCACCUGGGCAGGGAGGCCGCCCCCCAGGGAGGACGGAGGGCAACCCUGUUGGGCUGGACCCCCGAGACCCUCCCCCAGGGGGGCAGGGGGCACCCAGGGAGCCCGAGGAGCUCUUGGCUGCCCACGCCCAGCAGGAACGCCACGGCGGACAGGCCUGUGGUGAGCUCCUGCCUCAGUCUCCCCUUCCGGGCGCACCUGGGCUGGACGCCUGCAGGCCCUGGGGGCUCGGGCCCCGGGGGUCAGGGCCCCCCUCCACUGCCUGUGCCCCUGGAGCCUGCCAGAGCUUCCCCGGGCAGAGGCCAGCUGGGGGCCCGGGCUCUCCCGAGGCCUCGGCUGCUUCUCCAAAGGGGUCCACCAGGCGGCCCCGCUGUGGGGCCAGGGACAAACACGGCUUUGGACACGGCACGGCCAGGUGUGGCCAGAUCCUCAGCCGCUCGGGCCACCAACAGGCUCAACAGGGCUGUCAGCCCGGCCACCCCCAGCGCCUGCAGAGGGGACCCCGGCACAGAGGCCCCCACGCCAGAGACCAAGGGGGACAGUACCAUGGACUUGCCCACCGUGGGCUCAGCCAAGCCUGACGUGGCCAUGGGUCCCGUUGCCCCGGCGCCAGACCAGCUGGGUAGAGCCGGAGCACCGGGUGACACACGCGCGGGCAGCAGCUACCUGGGGCGGGCAGCGCCAGGCCCGGGGCCGCCGGGCACAGCACGGGCUACCCUUGCUCUGAGCAGGCCGGGCCGGGCGCCGGGUUGGGUUGUGCCUGUCACCCCAGAUCCAGCCACUGGGGAGUCCCCCCAGGGCACUGGCCCGGCCCCCGGGCACACGGCUGCCUCCCCCCAGAGGCCAGGUACGAAUCCAGCCCCAGCUCCGGGGCCCGCAUCAGCAGAGCCCGCAGAGGACUCGGACCCGGACCGGAGCAGAGAGACGGCAGGUAAAGGGCGCUGA